AUGGAUCAGUUUGACAAAAGCUUUGGCAUUGGAUUGCGAAAUGGUUGGGGUUGGUUACGGAGGGAAGAGAAAUGCACUUGCGCGGGUUUCCUUGGUAUAUUUCUUCGCCCUAUCUGUUCACACAUAUUGUUUGUGUCUCUCACUGAGGGGUUUUCCAACAGUGGAGUGCGUCUAAGCGCAAAAACGAAAGUGAACCAGUGGGGCAAUUUGGUAUAUGAUAAGUAUGUUCGACCUCAAGAAUACGUUCAGGACUUUCGAACUGCAGUGAGUGGAGUUAGAUCCCGGGAUCUACGCAAAGCGCAAGAUUUGUACACAGUGCAGAAAGAAGUUAUGGAACUCCUGAAGGGGCGCGUCCUAGUUGGGCAUGCAGUUCAUAAUGAUUUAAAGGUUUUGAUGUUGACUCAUUCAAAAAGUAAUGGAAGGCCUAGAUCUCUUCAACAUUUAGCGUCAUUACAUCUUGGUGCCAAAAUUCAGGAAGGCGAACACAACUCGGUUGAGGAUGCAAGGGCGGCAAUGGCAUUGUACCAACGCGUGAAAGAUGAGUGGGAAAGAAGCCUCAGAGAAAAAAAUAACAAAUCUCAUGAGAAGGAGAAGCUAUCAGGUGGUGCACCUGCAGAGAAGGGCAUGAAAUCAAGUAAGCGUAGGAAAUGA